AUGGUUGUUCCGCCGAGAUACGACUGCAGUGAAUCCUUCAAAGUUCACCCGGGAGUGACCAUUGCAGCAAGGCGACGAGCCAAGAGGGCGUUCGGCUGGGUGGCGAAGCGCCAACGACUCCGACGCCACGCGGAAGCGACGAUCUCUGACCGUGGAGCUAGAGGACUGGGGUGCGAAACAUUGUCUGUUCUCUGGAUCUUUCCGAAAGCCUCGAAUCUCCAGGGGGUGGUGGGUCUCGCUCCGACCCACCCAUCGCCAAUCCACAGAAACACCAAUGCAGCACGAAGGGCGCGCAGCUUAAUGCCCACCGCUGAUAACGGCCGCUAUCGGGCCCUCGAUUCCCAUUGGUUUAAGCUCUGUUUUAGCGAGGCAUCGAACCGAAAUCGCAAAGCGUCGGCCACACCAUAUCGAUUGGCAGCAUUGAGGCCCUCGUAUAUGAGUCCCGAUGCUGCCAGGAAUGGCAACGAUAGGAACGAUAUUGUAUUACUUUUUUGA